AGCCACCUACUAUUUCUACGGAAUGGCGCAGUAUGCAAAGGAUUCAAAUUUUGUCAUUCUUAUCUUUAGUUUUCAAAGUUGUUGGGUUCCAUUCCAAACAAGAUUCUCCAACCCCCAUUAUUUAAAUCUAUUACCUAUCUUUCACCAACCUACUCAACAACAAAUAAAUUUCCCAAAUAUAAAUUAUUUCUAUAAAUCCCUAAAAGUGGAUUAUGUUUCAAUUUUGCAUAUAAAAACUAGUCUAUUUUUGUUGAUUAAGGGGAAAAAAUGGGUAGUGUUGGAUUGUUGAAGAAUUCCGCCAUGGUUUGUGCUCCAUUAAUGUCGACAUCAGUGGAUCAAUUAAUUGAUGAUAUGGUUGAGGCAAAAUCACAAGGUGCAGAUUGUGUUGAGAUUAGGCUUCAUGCUAUCCACAAUUUCCUUCCCCACAAACAUCUUCAACUUCUCUUCAAAAAUAAGCCACUACCUAUUCUCAUUGUUUACAGGCCAAUAUGGGAAGGAAAUGACUUUGAAGGUGAUGCCCACAAGCAGUUGGAAGUCCUUGGGUUGGCUAAAGAAUUGGGAGCUGAUUAUGUUGAGUUGGACCUCAAGAUAGCUAGUGACUUUGCAAAAAAUGAAAAGUCGAGUUGGAGUAGUGGUUGUAAACUAAUUACAUCAUGCUUCGUGGACAAUGUCACCUCAAAAGAAGACCUCAGCCAAAUUGUUGCAUCCAUGCAAUCUACUGGGGCAGAUAUCCUCAAAAUUGUUACAAAUGCAAAUGACAUUACAGAACUAGAGAAAACGUUUCACUUGCUUUCACAUUGCCAGGUGCCGCUUAUUGCCUACUCUGUUGGGGAAAGAGGUCUCAUAAGUCAGCUGUUGGGCCCAAAAUUCGGUAGUGUCCUAUUAUAUGGAUCUCUUGAUGGUAAUGCAGUGCCUGGUCUGCCUUCUCUUGCCAGCCUUAGACAAGCCUACGGAAUUAAUUUUAUGGAUAAUGAUACUAAAGUUUUUGGGCUCAUUUCUAAACCAGUGGGUCAUAGUAAAGGGCCUAUUUUGCAUAAUCCUACGUUUAGACAUGUGGGGUACAAUGGAAUUUAUGUUCCAAUGUUUGUGGAUGAUCUUAAGGAGUUCUUUAGGGUCUACUCAAGUCCCGACUUUGCUGGUUUCAGUGUUGGAAUUCCAUACAAGGAAGCAGUGGUGAGCUUUUGUGAUGUAGUCGAUCCAUUGGCUGAGUCCAUAGGGGCUGUAAAUACUAUCAUACGGAGGCCUUGCGAUGGGAAGUUAAUUGGUUAUAAUACAGAUUGUGAAGCUUCUAUAACAGCCAUUGAGGAUGCUUUGAAAGUAAAUGGGCCUACAAAUGGAGCAGCUUUUCUUCCUUGUUCACUCGCUAGGAAAAUGUUUGUGCUGGUGGGUGCUGGAGGUGCAGGAAGAGCUCUGGCAUUCGGAGCCAAGAGCAGGGGAGCUCGAAUUGUGAUUUUUGACAUUGAUUUUAAUAGAGCAAAGGUUCUUGCUGCCGCAGUUUGUGGUGAAGCUCUGCCAUAUGAAAAAUUAGCUUCUUUUCAGCCAGAGAAAGGUGCAAUCCUUGCGAAUGCAACACCUAUAGGAAUGCAUCCAAAUAAAGAUAGGAUACCUCUGCCUGAGGGAAGCUUAAAGGAUUAUGUAGUGGUGUUUGAUGCUGUAUAUACGCCACGAAAGACUACUCUACUGGAAGACGCGGAGGCUGCUGGAGCAGUCAUUGUAAGUGGAGUUGAAAUGUUUCUUAGACAGGCUAUUGGACAGUUCAAUCUUUUCACGGGAAGUAAAGCACCAGAAGAAUUCAUGCGUGAGAUCGUUAUGUCAAAAUUCUAAUCAUCUACAAUUUCAAUUAAAUUUGUGAAACGCCAACAAGGCUGGCAAAAAUUACAUAUUUUUAUUCAUGACACAAAAUCUUGUUAGUAUUUUCUUGGAUAUCAAACUGAAAAUAUUGUUGUAAUUCAUGCAAAAUUUUGAUUACAGCGACCCAUUUUAAACAAACCAUCUUAAUUUUUA